AGGGAGGGCUGAGCCAUCUCUGCUGCACGCUGGCUGCCUGAGUUGCAAUUACACCUACAAAUGCCUUCUGUGUUGUAUGGUGGCUGCAGGCUGGCUCUUAAAUUCCUUUGGCUGUUUGUGUUAGUAGAAGCAACUACCAGAACCUAUUAUAUUGGAAUUGUGGAGGAGAACUGGGACUAUGCACCAACUGGGAAGAAUCUGAUUACAGGACAAACCCUCACAGAAGAUGAACAUGCGAGUGGGUUUGUGAAGAGAGGAGCCAACAGAAUAGGACGUAUUUACAAGAAAGCUGUUUAUAAAGAGUUCACAGAUGGUACCUACACGCAGGAGAUCCCCAAGCCAUCCUGGCUGGGGUUCCUCGGUCCAGUCAUGAAGGCUCAAGAAGAGGAUAUCUUUGUUGUUCACUUAAAGAACUUUGCUUUCCGUCCAUAUUCUCUGCAUCCACAUGGUCUCUUCUACUACAAAGAUUCUGAAGGUGCCCUCUACCCAGAUGGAACAAGUGGCAAAAACAAAGAGGAUGAUAUUGUUGUUCCUGGUGGAAAUUAUACAUAUACAUGGCCAGUGAAGAAAGAAUAUGCCCCCACUUUGGCAGACCCAACCUGCCUGACUUGGAUUUACCAUUCGCACAUUGAUACACCUCGAGAUAUCAGUUCUGGGUUAAUCGGACCAUUGCUGGUUUGUAAAAAAGGAAGUUUAGAUGACUCCUCGAUACAAAGCACUGAUGCUGCUAAAGGCUUUGCCCUGAUGUAUAGUAUUGUAGAUGAAAAUCUCAGCUGGUACAUUGAUGCAAAUAUAAAAACUUUCUGCUUGGACCCAACCACAGUUGACAAAGAGGAUGAAGGUUUCAAGAACAGCAACAAAAUGCAUGCUAUUAAUGGUUACGUUUUUGGAAAUCUCCCCACCUUGGAGAUGUGUGCUGGUCAAUCCGUGUCCUGGUAUUUGAUUGGAAUGGGUAGCGAGAUAGACAUCCACUCUGCGUAUUUCUAUGGCCACACCAUCAUUAACAAAGGCCACAGGGCAGACGUCGUCAACCUAUUUCCAGCAACCUUCAUUACAGUGGAAAUGAUUGCAGGGAAUGUUGGGAAGUGGCUGUUAACCUGUCAAGUAAAUGAACAUUUACAAGCUGGUAUGAAGGGGCUGUAUAACGUUCAGAUCUGCCACAGAAAUGUUUCUCAGCCUUCGUUGACUGGCCAGGAAAGAAGAUAUUUUAUUGCUGCUGAAACUGUGCUAUGGAAUUACGGCCCUGAAGGUUAUGAUAAAUUCACGGGGCAGGCCUUGAAUACCACUGGCAGUGAGUCUGCACCAUUCUUUACACAAGGGACUGAUAGAAUAGGAGGAGAAUAUUGGAAAGUUCAGUAUGUGGAAUACACUGAUGACAAGUUUACCAGAAAGAAGAACCGAACUGAGGCUACAAUGCACCUUGGAAUACUUGGCCCAGUUAUCAAGGCUGAAGUGGGAGAUACUGUAUUAGUUACUUUUGCCAACAAAGCUGAGAAGAAUUAUAGCAUUAUGCCCCAUGGUGUGAGCUAUAGCAAGCAAUCAGAAGGAACCUCAUAUUUAGAUGGACAUUGGAAUCUAGGAGCACAUGUUAAACCCUGUGAGACCUUCACAUACAAAUGGAGAGUGCCUGAAAACUUUGGCCCAACUGCCAGCGAUCCACCAUGCCUGACCUACCUGUACUACUCAGCAUCUGAUCCAGUCAUGGACACCAACUCUGGCCUCGUAGGACCUUUGAUAGUUUGUAGAAAGAACACUUUGAAUCACGAUGGAACACAGAAAGGAAUAGACAAGGAAUUUUAUCUGCUCUUCACAGUCUUUGAUGAGAAUCUCAGCUGGUAUCUUGACAAAAAUAUUAAGAUGUUUACUGGGGACCCCUCAAAGGUAAACAAUGAAGAUGAGGAUUUCCAGGAAUCCAACAAGAUGCACGCUGUAAAUGGCUACUUGUUCGGUAAUCUGCCAGGAUUGGUGAUGUGCAAGGAUGACAAAGUUUCAUGGCAUAUGAUUGGCCUAGGCACCUUCACGGACAUGCAUGGAGUUCAUUUCCAAGGAAACACCAUCCAUUUGAGCGGGACGACAAGGGAUACGCUGCCCUUGUUUCCGCACUCAUCGGGGACGGCGCUCAUGCAGCCAGACCACGUGGGCAUUUUUAAAGUGGUUUGCAGAACAUUUGAUCACUUUGUGGCUGGAAUGAAACAGAUGUAUGAAGUGAAUAGCUGUAGCAGUACAGCUCGCCCUGGGCAGCCCUAUGGAACCAUGAGAACAUAUUACAUUGCUGCAGAAGAAGUGGAAUGGGAUUAUGCACCUAAUAAAACCUGGGCUCUGAGUGGCAAAGAUGCAAGUUACGGGAAAAUUUUUGUAAGCCCAGGUGAAGAUCAGAUUGGUUCAAAAUACAAGAAGGUGGUUUACAGAGAGUACACAAACGGAGAAUUUACAGAGCACAAAGUGAGAUCAGCACAGGAGGAACACUUAGCAAUCCUAGGGCCCUUAAUCCAUGCAGAAGUUGGUGAAUCCAUGCUCAUUAUAUUUAAGAAUAAAGCUAUCAGGCCCUAUUCAAUAACUGCACAUGGCAUAGAAGAAGUGGGUAGUGGAGAAAGACCUGGAACACUAAUCACCAUGCCUGGGGAAAUAAAUACAUACAGAUGGAAUGUUCCAGAAAGGUCAGGUCCAGGUACAUCGGAUCCAAACUGCAUCAGUUGGGUUUAUUAUUCAACAGUGAAUUUUGUCAAGGACACUUACAGUGGUUUGGUUGGGCCACUAGUAAUUUGCAGAAAAGGAAUACUAAAUGAAAAGGGUUUAAGGAGAGAUAUUGACUGUGAAUUUGCUCUUCUGUUCAUGGUCUUUGAUGAAAAUGAGUCCUGGUAUUUGAAUGAAAAUAUUGAAAAGUAUCUGCAUAAGUGUCCUGAUGACUUUAAUUACUCCAAGGACUUUCUGGAGGGUAACAGCAAGCAUGCAAUUAACGGGAGGCUGUAUGACAAUCUCCGUGGGCUAACAAUGAAAGAAGGUGAAAACACAAACUGGUACUUGAUAGGAAUGGGAAAUGAAAUCGAUAUCCAUACAGUCCAUUUCCACGCAGAGACCUUCAUCUUCAAGACGGAUAAUGAUCACAGAGCAGAUGUGUAUGACCUUUUCCCGGGGACAUUUCAAACAAUCGAACUCAUAGCGGAUAACCCUGGAACAUGGCUUCUGCACUGUCAUGUUGCUGACCACAUUCAUGCUGGCAUGGAAACAACUUUUACCAUCAGCAAAUCAGAUAACAAAGUUCCUUUAGAAGGAGGAGUAACAACCACAGCAUAUGACUCAAUUCAUGUAAAACACCGGGCUCCUGUAAAGGGUGAUGACAGAGAAGGAAUCAAAUUCUUAGGCAAAGCUCUGGGUGCAGGAGAAGCUAACUCAACACUCAUAGCCCUUUUUUCUGUUGGACUUGUUCUUCUGGCAACAAUAUUAAUCCUCAUCAUCCUCAUCACUUGUCAGAGAAAAAGGACAUACUACAGGUCUGUGCAACCCAAGUGUGCGCUCCCAACUGAUUCCCUGUAAAUCUGUAUUUUGGAGACCGUUUAUAGAGCUCUGUUGGAUUUCAUUGUAUAUUGUUGGUAUAUUGAGGCAAGAUAUAUGUUUGUGAAAAUUACAAAGUGAGAGCCCAAUCCUGCAGCCAUAAGUCACGUGUGACAUAGGCUGCAAGCUUAGGCCCUGAUGGCCAUAUCCUGCUUGUCUUUGCAGCCUGAUUCUGCUCUGUUGAAGUCAGUGUGAGUUGUGCCAUUGAAUUCAAUGGGAGCAGGCUCAGAUGUAGGCUAGUGUACAUUAGAAGCGCUACAUUGGCACAGCUGCAUCAAUGUAGCGCGUCUGGUGACGACGCUCCUCACCAAUGGGAGAGAGGUCUCCCAUUGGCAUAAUUACUCCACCUCUGUGAGAGGUGAUAGCUAUGUCGGCGGGAGAGUGUUUCCCGCCAACAUAAUGUUACCAGCUUAAUUUCUGGACACUCCGGCUUAGAUUGAUGUAACUUGCAUCACUCAGAGGGGUGGCUUUUUCACAUCCCUGAGCGACGUAAGUUAUAUCAACAUAAGCAGCAGUGUAGACCUGCCCUUAUACUUGAGAGGUCCCACUGAUAUCAAUGAGAUUGCUCACUUGAGUUAGACGAGCAGGAUUUGGCUUUGAGAGCUGAUAAAAUGCAUUAGGCUUCUGAUUCUUUCAAUGCUGUAAAAUGUAGUCAAACAAUUUUAUUUUUAAAAUUUGAAUUGAGUUGUGACUGGAGCAAUGAGAAACUCAACAAGGUGAAAGGUUCAUGCAAACCUCUUCUCCUGUUUCAGUUCAUGUUCAUUGUGCUUGGAGAUUCUGGUUCAAAUAAACAGUAAAACAUACUGAGAAACCUAGUCAAACCCACAAUAAAGCCCAGACUUUUCUUUUUAUGAGAACCUAUUAUUGGCCCUAGAUUCCCUCAAAAGAGUGAUAAGCCUCAGUGAACAUGUUGACCACAUGGGUUAACUUUCUAGGGCUUACUGGGCUUCCCCUAUAGUUAAUGUGAGCAGGAGGAGCCUUAUCCAAAGCCCACUAAAGUCAAUGUAAAGACUCUUACUGACUUCAGUAGCUUUGGGUCAGGCCACAGACACUAGCUCUUAAUGAACCCAAAACAGGUGAGUUUUGUGUGGCUUUGGUUUCAUAAUGAAAAUUUUACGCAGCUCUAAUUGUGAAUCACUCCCAGAUAUGUGUGUAAGCAUGUUGACUUUAAAGAGAUUUUAACAGAAUCUUGUGCUUAAAAAGUAAUACACAGGACCAAAGUAUGCCUUCAAGUUCAGUACAUCAUGUUUGCAUUUCCACUGAGUGCAAUGGGUUUGCAUGGGUGUACGUGAGGGCAGAAUUUGGCCCAUAGUCCCUGUGAUAAAAGAGUUGCAUAAUGGGAUCUCUAUUGGGUAAUGCUAUGUUGAGCUAUUUUCAGUGUGCCAGAUUCUGCAUGUGCUAGUGUAAAUCUGGAACAAAUCCAUUGAUUCACUGGAGAUACUCUGGAUUGAUACAGUCUGAGGACAGAAUCUGGCACACUGAAUCUAUUAAAAGUUUAAGAGUUCUCUUCCUGUAUCAUAUUAAAUGAGAUUGCUAUGUUUUGGGGGCCAACAUUUUAAAGGUAUUUAGGCACCUAAUGAUGCGUAUAGGCAUCCUGGGAUUUUUUUAAAGCACUUAGAGGCCUAACUACCAUUGAAUUAGGUAGCAAGGUGCCUAUCUGCAUCUUUAGGUGCUUAAAUACCUUUAAAAUUCUGGCCCCCAAAACACAUCAAAAAAUCUGGCCUUGGGUUACUAAAGAGAAAGUCAUCUGGUUCUAUAACUACUGUUUAUUGUGGGCCUGAUUCUGUGACCCAUACUUACACCGAGUAGUAGUUUACUCCCUGAUUUCAAUGAGACUACUCAGGAAGUCAAGUAUUUACUCAGUGUUAGUAAGGGUGGUAGAAUCAGACCUUAUAUAUAGUGAUACUUGAAUGUUUACAGCUCAUUUUGAAUGAGCUAUUGUUUAGUCCUGCCACAAGUAUGUUCAUAUCACCUACAACCCUGGUGGAUGAACUCCGGAACUAAAGCAAUGUUUUAUCUGUGAAAUAAUUUAACUGAGUUUGAGUUUCAGUGUAAAUUCGAGUUGGUGCAUAAUGUCAUUUUUUUUCUCUUCUGUAUUUAAAAAUAUGCUAUGCCUGUGUAGGGAACUUUACUGACAGUCACUCUGAAUGUAGGUUAAUGGU